CACAGCUCUCCUCAGUUCUGAGGCUUCUUCCUCCCCCUCCUCCUCCUCCUCCUCCUCCUCCUCCUCUCCCACUGUAGACGCCACCCCAAGGCCAAGACUUUCCAUUUGCAUAGAGGGCUAAAAAAGGGAGCUGACAGAAGAGGGCAGGUGGCAACGGCCAACAGACGGCGAAGAGGCAGGAAGACCCAGCUCCAGCGCUCACACGAGCUUUUAGCACUCAGACGCAGUCAGAGCUGCAACACGCCAGAAGGAGCAACCGCAGCUGAAGGACAAUUAAAACUCCCAGCAGAGAUCUCCCAAGCCAGACAACUUUUUAAGCACGUAUUCCCUCGUGGAAAGGGAGUGAGCUGAGCCGGGGACGGUUGAGAGAUCAAGAAGGGAUCGUCUGACAUCUUCAUCGUUUAUCAGAUCGCCAGACUGAUCAAGACAGAAGACGCGAGAGUCAAAAAGGCGACUGGGCCAAAGAGAGGAAGGAAGCCUUUGAUUUUGGAAGAUGGAGGAAAGCGCUCCGCAGGUCUGGCACGUGCAGACGCAGAUUCCUAGACAGGAAGCGCCGGGGGAGCUGCAGAAGAAGGUGUCGGUGGCCGGCCAGCCCGAGUGCUCCAUCUGCUACAACACCUACGACAACGUCUUCAAAACACCCAAGCUGCUGGAGUGCACUCACACCUUCUGCCUGGAGUGCCUUUCCCGACUCAUGGCCGUCUCUCUGACCGAGCAGGACGGCGGGGGCGGCGGGGGCAGCGCGCGCCUCUCCUGCCCCUUCUGCCGUCACCCCACCAUGCUGCCAGAGGACGGCCCCCCCGCCCUGGCCACCAGCCGCGAGGUCCUCUGCAAACUCCCCAGCCACCAGCAGCAGGAGGAGCCCGUGUGGCUGGAGGGCGAGAAGCUGUGCUACAAAAGCUCCCGACAGGGCGCCGUCUCGGGGGCCCCCGAGAGCCCCGCGGCCUUCUGCAUCUGCAUCGACAUCGGGGCCAGCAAGUCGGUGGACGCUCCGGUGCAGACGACGCGCAGGAGGUCGGGUCUGAUGGGGAGGCUGGCGGACUGGAAGAGGAUGGUGCUCUUCAUUGUGCUCAUGGCGCUGCUGGUGGUGGUCGUGCUGUGGCCCCUGCAGUGCGUCUUCACCACCGGAAACAUGCGCUGCAUGAGGAACGGACCCAACGUGGGCACGACCGCGGCCAGCACCGUCACGUCUGGCCCCUUCACCAGCAGAGCUGCUCUGAAAGGAUGAGACGGCCGCUGACGAUAGAGACACUGUUGAAACGUCCUUGACGCAUUCUUUUGAACAGCUGCGCCUUGGAUACGUAGCCGCAUCUUGUGAGGGACUGGCGACAUGGUGGCUGCCCGGUGCCCGGCGUAGAUGGGCACUCGCCCCCUGUGACCCUGCAGCGACUAGCUGGGUGCAGAAAGGGGUCGGAUACAUGCUUGAAGGGUUACUUUACUGUACCAGCAUGAAAAUGACUAAAUUCCUGCAAGAAAAAAACUCAAACACAACUCUCCGGUGCAUGGAAAAAGGCUUUGGUAGCAGUGAAUUUGCACUUUAAUCCAAGUUUUUAUUCCGAAUUUUUUAAAAAAAAUGACAGGUUUUGUGUCCUCAGCAAAAAGCGGUCUGCUCACGGUUUAGCGCUGACGUAGAGAGCCGUUGUUGUGUCCAUGGCCAAACACCGGGGCCUGCGGAUGGUGACAUUUAGCCCGUUGUUGUGGAAAUGUGAGCUCUGCCACCUGACAGAAUGAAAUGGGAUCCAGAUGUGCCAAUGAAAGAGCAUAUUGUGACAUGGAUUUUGUGCCUUUUGAUAUGUCUGUGUUUACAAAACCACGAGUAAAACUGAAGUAUGAAGGUAAUCCGUGUCCAAGCUGUAUUAAUGUGGUCAAAACGGAGAAACAAACAGUUUAACACUUUAAAUAUGUUUUCUUUUGAAAUGAAAGGGAGAUUUUGUAAAUAGUAAAUCUCCUGAGUGUUAUAGCAAUGGAAAAAAAAAAAAGAGAUCAGUGAAUUCAUUUCCUCCUCCAUCACUCUUUAACCUCUGACUGUGACUCUUUGCCAGGAAGCCGUCCCUCCUUCUUGCUCCUGGAGGAGCUGCGUCACUAAGAGUUAAAGUCGGCCUGCGGGUUUCCCCAAUUUACUCAGCAAUUAAACACAGUUGAUAAAAAGACUCACCUGAGAUUUACACUUUUAUGUCGAAGUGGAUCAUAAACGUGCAACUUCCUCAAAGCCCCGUUUGGACUGCCAGGAAACAAGAGUUAAACAUUAAACCCCGGACGAAAGCAAACACGGCAACGCUUUCAGGCGGCGGGUUGAGAAGGAAUUCAUAUUAAAGAUAAACAUGCUUACCAAUCUUUUUCUUCCCAGAAAUAUUCAACAGGGUUAAUUAGGAUAAUCCAGGACCUCCGGCGUCACGUUCGGCUUGUGUAACGUUAAUAAAACAUUAAACAUUUACAACACAGCAAAGACGAGCAAAAGAAAAGAAGAAAAAAAAAACACAAACGUGACUGCGCCAUCAUACAUUUUUUUUAUUAUAUAUAAUAUUAAACCAUUGAGAGGCUGUUUCCGGCAGCUCAUUGUGUCAGCAGUUAUAGCCAAAACUUUAACAAAAAAAAAAAAAAAAAAAAAAAAAAA